GCCAUUGUAAACAGAUGCAUAGUAUACGUUUCUCUUUUUUAAAAAGUCACGAUGUUCGGGGAGACGUUCAAAAACUUCAACAUCAAUUUUACCUCUAUGAACGAGAGGACUACUUUCACCGAUGGAGACCUUAUAACAGGACAUUUUUUCUUCGCCCUCGCAGAGGAGACGAAGAUCACUGAACUAACAUUGGCACUGUUGGGAUUGGUAAAUGUCCACUGGACCGUCAGAAGUGGAGGAAAGAAGAGACGUCACACAAGAGUCUUCAGUGCAAAGCUUGAGUUGUUCAACUUAAAAACCGUUAUCCUGCAACAACGCAGUGGUACUGGUGGGACAGCAAGAUUUCCACCUGGUACACACAAGUUCCCAUUUACAUUCCAGAUCCCUCGGGGAGACUUCCCGUCAACCUUCUAUGGCGCUCAUGGAAAAAUAGUGUAUUCCCUGACAGUCAGCAUCCGCAGACCCUGGCAUCUGUCCAAAGACUUUGUGACAGAGUUGAACUUUGUAAAUCGCAUUAAUACCAACCAGCCAGAGCUGCAGUCUCCACUCUCAGGCACCAACACCAUGACGUUGUGCUGCCUGUGGUGUGCCUCAGGUCCUAUCACAAUGAAAGUCACUUCGGAAAAAAAAGCCUUCGUACCAGGUGAGACUGUGAGAAUAAUCUGUGUGUUCAGUAAUGGUUCAUCUCGAACAGCUACCCUAAAAGCGAAGCUGCAACAGAAGCAGAUUUUCUACACCCACAACCAAGUCAACUGCAAGGUGGUUAAAAAAAGCCUGAUGUUUGUGACUGGGCAGCCUGUCAGUGCUCCCAUCUCUGACAUGCACACUGAGAUGAUGCUCACUAUUCCCAACACAACGCCACUCACCAUCUCCAACUGCAGCAUCCUGAAGGUUGAUUACACGAUUGAGGUGAGCCUCAGUGUAAGAGCUUCCCCUGACCUCCAAGUGCUGUUUCCUAUUAUUCUUUGCGACAGAUUUGUACAGUCUCUUUCCUCAACUUCUUAUUGAGUGUAUUCGAGAAUAUCUUCAAAUGUUUCAAGAAAUGUUUAGCUAUGUUGUUCAGUUUCACAACAUGCUGUAACUGCUCCGUCUACUAGGAGAGAGUUAUUAGGGUUUUUGUGUCAGGCUCAGCUGGCCAGGAUGCUGAGCAUUGACUUUUUUUACUGCUCAACACGUAAUUUGUGUUGAAACAUCACUUAUGUGGUUACAAAUGUUUUGUUUUUGUAUGUUUCAAUAUAGUAUUUAAAUGUCUCUAAUACUAUUCUGUUUAUUACUGUGUUAUUUAGCUGCUAAUUCUUAUCGUUCAAAGAUCAAAUAUGAUACAUGUUUUUUUAUAACCUGCUUGAUAUUGUAUAUGUCUCUGUGUGGUUUAACAUUUUCCAAUGCAGACACGAUAUUCUCUUGCCUAACUUUAUUGUGUUAUUUUAACCUCAACAGUUUAUAUCUGAUAUAUAUUGUUACAAAGACUGUCAAACAUGGUGUCCCCAUGUUUUCACAAGACAUAUUUGAACUUGUUACCAGACUGUUUUAAAGAAAACGUGAGAUUAAACAAGAGAUUGUAUCUUUG